AUGAGAAAACCUACUUACCAAGGCAGUUUUGUAUCAGAGUUUGCGUACAAGAUCGCAGGAAUCGGAACAGAUAUACGCGAGGCUGCUAGGAAGAUCUAUCAAAUAGUCACAAAACGGGAGAAUCAACGGUUUUACUUUGACUUGUACAACAACUUGAAGACCUUAUCUGCAAUGGGUAUCUUGCAAAUGUGGGAAGACUCCAGGAAAAUCAAGAAACUGCUUAUGUCCUGCCUCAAUGAAGUAGGAGUACCGGAGAACACGUUCAAGCUUCUUGGCAAAGUGGUGUUUCACGUUGCACUUGAGUUGUUGUGCUACCAAGAGUAUAAUGUUGCUGGGUCAGCAUUUGUGGGUGCCUUCUGUGUUGCUAUUCACUUGUUAGAGAGAACAAGGUACACUGAAUCAGUUAAGGAGGUUUUAGAUGAGAUGGUAAGCUUAGUGAGAGACCCUGUGGGAAGAGGAAUGAAAGUUAGGCUAGUGAGGAGAGAUUUCAGAGAUCUUGAAAGAAUUAUGAAGAAACUGGUGGACUGGUAUGAUGCUAAUGAAUACUGA